AUGGACAAGGCCCAUGGCCCGAGGUUGCGUUUUGCGGAUGUUGCUGUCACAUACACCGCGGAUCAAUUUCACGGCAUCUACCGAGGGAAAAAGUAUCAUGAAUCGGAUUGGGCGGAGGUCCUAGAUCGGGCUCGGCAAUACGGAUGCGAGCAAAUGAUGUUGACAACUAUGAAUCUCGCCGGAGCCUAUCAGAACCUCGAUAUCGUCCAACAGUACGCUGAUAUGUGUACAAUGACCUUGGGUGUACACCCAUACCAUGCAGGGGAGAUCUACGAGCAGGGUGGCUAUUUGGACCAACUUCGAGAAUUCGGUCAACGGGUGUUGGGAGAACAUCCCGCGUGCUUGGUGGCGUUUGGCGAAAUUGGCCUUGAUUACGAGUACUUGGAUCGGGCAGACAAACAGACGCAGAAGCGUGCUUUUCGGGAUCAGCUAGACCUGGCCGUACAAAUGCAAUUGCCCCUGUUCUUGCACGUUCGCAAUUCUUGCUCCGACUUCAUCGAAAUUAUCAAGCCAUACUUGUCCAAGUUGCCACGUGGAGGUCUUGUGCACUCCUUUGCCGGUUCGAAAAAUGAGAUGCUACAGCUCGUCGACCUAGGACUUGAGAUUAGCGUGAACGGGGUAUGUUUCCGGACAGAGGAACAACUGGAAAUGGUUCGCCAUAUUCCUUUGAAUCGGCUGCAGCUGGAAACAGACGCACCAUGGUGCGAGAUUGUGAUGUCGGACACAAUUGCGAUAUAUCUGGAUAAUGCACGCCCACUUCCUGCAUCACGAAAACAUGGCAAAUUUGUCGCUGGGCAGAUGGUCAAGGGCCGCAAUGAGAGCUGCACGAUGGAGCGGGUAGCCAUGGUUGUGGCUGGAUUGAAGGGGGUCUCUGUCAAAGAGAUAGCGGACGCUGCCUGGAAUAAUAGCGUGCGCAUGUUCGGAUUACCCAACUGA